CUAUACAGCCAGUCGGUAAGCGCGCGGCUCGCUCGACGCACGCGUUUCCACGUCCCAACGAACUGUCAAUGUCAAACUCGAAAAAUACGUUCCAAUUUUAAAAAAGUGACAUUAAAAUAGGUGUUUACAAACAAUCAGUGCUCUAAGUGUCGUGUUGUUUUUUUUUUAUCGGGAUUUGAACAACGGCAAAGGUAAACACGACAAUUAUGUCCUUAAUUUAUUCCUUCGAAAAUAGCGUUUCUUGAAUGUCACCGAUUUUCACAAAGGAGGCGUAGCGAACGAUGGUCAGCGGGAUAAACGAAAAAUAAUAUUUUCAAACGACAAUAUGAAAUGAAUAAUGGAGUCACCGGUCAGGAUAUGUUUCGGUGCGGCAUUAGUAGUAAAUUUACUACUGAUUAGCAUGACAGUGAGUAGUGCUUUGUCACAAUCGACACAAAGCACGGCCAAUGACGAAAAGCUCUCCAGAUACAACGGAUUAAAUCAAACGUCGUGGAUUCGUAGCUCUGAUGCAUCGAAUGAACUGAACCCUAAGGACAACUCCGAAGAGCAUACAGACAAAAACGCUAAAUACAAAGACAGGGGAAGGAUCAAAUUUCAUUCUCUUUUCAAAUCGACUACAGCAAGUCCGUUGCGCAAAGCAAGUUCUACAGAGUCAGGCGAUUUUGUAAUAGUGACGCCAGCAACGGAAAUAAAAAAAACAUCAAGAUAUACAGAAGUUGCUAAAAGUGCUAAAAAAGACAAUUCUCCUGUUAGUAGUACGACACCGGUUGCUGUAAAAAAUGGAGAAGAGAGCAUUGAAGAAUAUGAUGACGAAGACGAGGAAGAAGAAAGGGAAACGCUGCAAAAGUUUUCUUCGAACAAAUUCCAUGAAAGCUUUUUUAAAAUACCGAGCUUCGGCGACGACAACAACGAGAGUUCCAACAAUAAAGUAAGAGAAGAUUUCAGCAGUCCCUCCUAUGGAUUUUCUAGUUUCUUCCCAAAAGAAACUUCAUUCGGCUAUGGGCACAAUGAUAACAAAAAUAAUUUCAAAUCGGAAAGUUUCUUUGAUUUCGACAGUGAUCUGACUACGCCGAAGAACGAUUUCUUUGAUAAAAAAUACCAAGAGAUCUCAGGUAGUAUUAUAAAAAAAUUAGAAACUAUUAAAGCUAAAUCUCCACCGCCUAACAUCACUAAUGUACACAAGAUCGUCAAAGAGAAUGUUGGCCUAGAGAGGUUAGGGAAUAACACACCGACUAACAAAUCUACUGUUUUCAUAAAAAAUACCAAAGAGAUACGUGUUUUAGACAACGAAGGAGCUGGUAGUGCUAACGAACAAUUAUCAGAUGUACACGGCACCAGUAUUUAUUAUGAAAUGUCUGUACUGUCAACAGAAACCUACGCGAUCAAUCAUUCUAAUGAUGAUGAUUGUGAUAAUGAUACGUUACCAGCAGAACCCACCAUGAGCACAUCAUCUGAAGAAGAAUUGGCAUCAAUAAAAACAACUACGCCGACACCGAUUCAAGUUUCUACUAGACCACCGUUUCCAGAUCCAACAGUUGAAAACGUCUCAACGCUUUCAUCAAAUUACGUGCCCAUUUCGACUGCUUUGCCAAUAUUUAACUCAAUAAUUCCGGUUUCGACGCAAAACUACAUAUCUUCAACAGAGAGAGUAACCAGAGUAUUCUCAAGCAGUUUUAGUAGGAACAGAAAUUACUCAAAGAGGCUUAAUCUGAACGGUGUUAAUGAUUCACCAAAUAGUGUGACAUUGAAGACCGGCACAUCAACUCAUAAACCUCUAACUAGGAAGUUCCACUACACUACACAACGAGUCAGGCCAGUUUGGAUGGCACCAAAAAGAAAUGUUACCAAGCCAGCUUAUCAGCGUCUGACGACUCCGACAACGAUUUACUCGGAGCAUUUCAACAUCAAAGACAAAUAUACAACUACACCCAGACCGCGGCCGUCUAAUAAAGUAACACUUACUACAGUCACGUCUGAAAUAGACCCUGUGCUUCAAAGUGAUGUAGGGGGCUUCAAAAAAGUGGUACACUCUCAUUCAAUAUCCGAUAAUACGAUUCCAUCAUUAUGGAAAAGGGGAUCCACAAAGUAUAGAACAUCAACUGCCACUUCAGACGAAGUUUCUAAUGUGAGUGAAAUGGAAAUACCACCUACUUCUAUAGUGUGGGCUCUGGCUAGCUUACGAAGCCCCUCCAGAAACUCAACAGGGUACAAAACUGACGACGAAAAUGAGUUACAAAAAGUAGGAGAAUUAUUAGAAAAGAAUGAAACAAAAACAUCGACGACCACGAUUGCAACAACCAUGGAAAUCAGCGAAGAUAUUACUAAUAAAACAAUAACAGAAGUUGAACAAAAUAAACUUCCUUGGCAGUCUGUGCAAGCUUCGACACCACCCAUCAACGACAUGCAAAACGAAACCAUUAUAGAAAAUAAAACAGAAAGGGUCACAGCUGAAAGCAAUAUUUCAGUUCAGAGCAGCCCCGAACCAAGUACCACGGAGACGGACACCACUAAGUCAACCACUAAAGCAUUCAAACCGGCUUGGGUUUCAGCUACAACAGAAACGGAACAAAAUAUGACGGAAAAAGAUAAUCUUGUCAUUAAAAGAGGUUUUGAAUCGAUUACGAAAUUACCUUCAGGGAUAACUACACCACAAGACGAAACGGAAGAUUUGAACCAAAUUACGACAAAAACGCCAAAAACAAGAGAUGAUUUUGAAAUAACAACAAUCAGAUUUUCGUACGUACCGACACAGACGACGGAGACGCCUGACGAUUCGGAGUAUGAGUUAACAACCUUCAAUUGGCGGCCAGUAUUUCCUACUAGAACCCAAGCGACAACUAUAAAAGAUGAGCCAAUAACCACGUAUCGUCCUAAGUUUAUAACAACAACUGAGCUUCUAGAGGAAUCUACUACUGUAGAAGAUACAACACCUCCCGUAAUAGAAUUAUCUUCUCAUAUUAUUGAGAACGCAACAGAAGAUAUUGUCCAAACUACUGAUAUAAAUGAACCUACUAUUGUAUCAACUAAAGCUAUUGAAAUUAAUAAAGCUACCACUAUACCUAAUAAAAUUACUGAAAAUAUUAAAACUACUACUAUUUCUGCAACAACUGAAAUUAAUGAGCCUACUACAAUUAAAACUACAACUACUGAAAUUAAUAAACCUUAUAGUAUGAAAACUAAAAUUACUGAAUUUAUUGAACCUACUGUUGUAUCAACCACAACUACUGAAAUUAAUGAACCUUAUACUACCCCAACUACUCAAGUUCCUACAACCAAACAAAUCACUACCGAAACCAGUACCACUACUACCACUGAAGCAGCCACUGAAGAUGUAAGUGAAACACUCCCAAUCACAGUUACAAAAACAAUCACAACGUCAACAACCACUUCACCUACAACAACUAUGACGACAACACCUCUAGAAGACACCACAACGAUUAUUAUAGAAGUGGUAACUGAAAUAAAUACAGAAAAAGAACGUACCAUAACUGCUCCAAUGCCAACUGAAACACCAAAACCAACUGCCGAAUACACUUCAGAAAAUAUAGAUGAUAAUGAAGUGAUAGAUCAAACUACCGCUCCGAGCAUGCCGUCUGUUGCACCGACUAUAGUUGUAUCCACAUCAAAAGUACCAAUUUGGACUACUACAACUGCAGCAAUAGAAUAUACUACUGAAGCCGUGGAGACUUCACAAGAGAACGGUAAAAUAGUAUCCAGCACUGAUAGCGAAAUGGAAACGACAAGGGCCGUGAGCGAUUUAGAGGAUCUGACCAGUUACGCCGGUGAAAUGACCACGGAAGCUUCCUCGAGGGUUCUGAAUUCGGAGGACAGUGGAACAGGAGUAGCUGUCGCUAUAGCCGUCAGCACCAUCGGGGUCAUCGCUUUGGUUCUGCUCAUUGCAUUGUUGCUUGUGGUUCGCCGUCGGGGCAGGAGAGGUAUAUACGCUCAGAGAUGUACUCCUGUCUCGUUGGACGCAUACAGUUUGGACAGUGUCAGUGUCGGGCACAGGAAGGGAAACCAGCGGCUGAGGGCCAGUAAGCGCAGUUACGGUAACCCUGCUUAUGAUGAUGAGGUCACUUCUCAUCCAAUGCAGUACUCGGCGUUAGCUUCUUUCGCAAUGGACAUAGAAUCUAUAACGGCCGAAUUCGUCGAGAUACCAUCGGUAUCCGUGAGACCUGAGGAGGUGCCUCCAGGUUGCGAGGACAAGAACAGGUACUCCAACGUGCUGCCGCUGCCGGAGACCAGAGUCCCGCUGUGCAGGAUUGGAAACGACCCCACCACUGAAUACAUCAACGCUAAUUAUAUUACGGGUCCAGGUAAUAUAAAGAACUACUACAUCGCGUGCCAGGCUCCCCUCGCCAACACCGUUGGAGACUUCUGGAGAAUGAUUUGGGAACAGAACUCAAGACUUGUAGUCAUGCUCACUGAAUAUAUGGAGAAUGGAGUGGAAAAGUGUUACGAGUAUCUUCCACCAUCAGAGGUGUCCGAUAACAAGAGGUCCUUCGGGGAUUUCAAGAUAAUCCUGAAGAAACGCGAGCAAAAAGACAAAUACGCCAUCUCCAGCGUUCAACUGAUCAACAUGUCGACCAGAACGUGGCGGGAAAUAAUCCACCUGUGGUACUUCUGGCCGGCGAAAGGAGUUCCAGACGACUACGAUUCAAUAUUAGACUUCCUGUCCGAAAUGAGGAAUUAUAUGAAGAUCUCGCAAACGGCGAAGGAAUAUGACGAGGAAGGCGUGGAAGUCAUCUACGAAGACCAGAACCGUUCAUCGUUCAGCAACCUAACCAAGUUGCGGAGCGAUGACAACGGCUCCGGAAACGGAGUGAACGUGUACUCACCGGCCAAGGCCGAGGAGAUGAUGAGGAGGCACACCAACGGAACCUUGGGCCGAAUGAAAGCGGCUUCCGAAGUCGAAGGCGUCCGUCCGUGCGUGGUGACGUGCGCGUCGGGCGCGGGUCGCUCGGCGGUGCUGGUCGCGCUGGACGUGUGCGCGCGCGCGCUGGCGGCGGGCCGCGCCGACGUGCCGCGCGCCGUGCGACACCUGCGCGCCCAGCGACCGCACUCGCUCUCCAACAGACACCACUAUAUCCUGCUCUAUAAGGUGCUUAGCGAAUAUGGGAACAAGUUGACGGGCGGCGGAAUCGACACUAUCUGAAGUAAACAGAAUUCAUAUAACUAAAGUAUAAUUAAAUGUAUACAAUUAGAAGUUUUUACGACACGAGGUGCUUUGAGUAUAUGACUCCGGUGCAGUUUUGGUUAAAGCUAUUCCGACAUUUUCAUCUUGUAUAUUGAUACAAUGAAAAUUAAUUUUACGAUUUAUUCUCGCAUUUUGUUAUUGUCUUUACUAUACUGUAUGAAUAGCAAAUACAUUUUAACGUUAAUUUUAGAUCUCGUAAAAGGAUAAUUAAUUAACUUAAGGGAUUUUUAUAAGAGGAUUGUGACGAAAAAAAUGUUUUUAUUGCGCAGAUGGGUGAGUUAGUUUCGACUUAUCCUACAAUAAUAAAAACUAUUGAAUAAGACCGAAGGCUAGAUUUUAAGUUUUUUUCAGAAGAUAUUGAUAAUUCGAAAUAUGUUUUUUUUAGUUGUUUCACUAAUGCUAGUGAACUGUUUGACAUUAGAAACGUCAGCAUUAAUAUUUUUCAAUAUUUUAUUCGGUAGUCAUAUUUUCGACAUUCCUCGAAUAUAAUCUAAUAAAAAAAUUAACUCAUUUGAAUGUGUGACUUUUAGGUAGGUUUUGAACCAACUUCAUUUAAAACAAAAGGUUCCCAGUUCAGGGUGUUAAACCUUUUCGUUUACCAAAGGAUUUCAUGAGAUUCCUAUCCAAGGCAAUUUGCGGUAGGCAGCGGCUUAGCUCUGCCCCUGGCAUUGCUGAAGUCCAUGGGCGACGGUAACCACUCACCAUCAGGUGGGCCGUAUGCUCGUCUGCAUACAAGGGCAAUAAAAAAAAAGGCAAAGUGGAAGUAAUCUAAAUUGGCACCAUAGUCUGAACACAGAGAUAGAUAGACACAUUAUAAGUAAAAAAAGAUUAUAGUUUUGUAAAUAUAAUUUACUUUAUUUAUUAAUUAUUAUUACCUUUGAACAAUUCUAUAAAUGUUAAUUGCUAUUUGUAUAAUGUUUAAUUUUAUUAAAAAAAAACAUAAGAAAGGGCUCCUAUUUACAUUUUUAAUUUAAUUUUACGCAUAAAAUUACCUGUGAUUUCUUUCUAUUAAGGAUAAUCUAUUUUUAUUAAUUUGUAAUAUGAAAUUAAGUUAAUUGAUGAAGUCGAUGUGUGGGUUUCGAAGCUUUGGUCUACAUUAGUCGCUAGGUUAAAGAAUGCUGGAUAUAAAAUUGCAACAGCCAUGACUAUAAAAAUAAGUUUCUUAAACACCAUAAACCAUUUGGCACAGAAAUUUAAUUCUGAUGUUGCUUCUGGGCAAUUACAAUUUUAAAUGUUCAAUGUUCAUUAAUCUAAUGACCGUGUCAUGUACCUAGCAAAAGUACUAUAUUUAAAAUUAAUGAAUUAAACCCUAAAGAUAAUUAUUACGUUUGAAGACCAAUAUGAUUUUAUACGUAUUUUUAGAUAGCGUGUUAUAGUUUAUGAUAUUUGUAAUGUUUCGUAAAUGUAAAAAAAUACGUUUGACAUUUUGACGUUUUCAAAAUUUACAUAAAUGAUCAUUUUAUUUUUUUAGGCAACUUUUACAUAUAUACUUCUUUUUUUCUUAUCUUUUCUUCUUUCUAAUUGAUAUUUGACAUUUUAAACUGUCAGUGUUCACUUUAAUGUUUUGUUCUAAUAUGGCAAAUAAUGCAUUAAUUUCAUUAACUUCAUACACAGUAAAAUCUUAUAAGCCUUGAAAUUUUAUCAAGAUUAUAAAAUUAUUUUUAAUUAUUCUGUUUCUUUUACUAUGAGGUAGUUUUUGUUAUAUAGUGGAUGUUCUUGAGAGCAGGUUUUUUUCUCAAAGCGUUCUUGUCGAUUUGACUGUUCUUUUUAGAAUUUGUAAAUAAUAAUAGAAUUUGUAGAAAUUGUGACAACAAAUGAAUUAAAAAUGGCAGCUAGUACAUAUUCCAACUGACUAUCAGUACAGAUAGUGUUCAGAUAGAAAUGUUAAUCUAAAUGUAAAUUAUUUCACGAAAAAGACAUAUUUAUUUAUUUCUUCUUCAGUUUUUAAACAGAAUAAUCGUGCUGAUAAUGCUUAUACAAUUUUAAUUUUUGGUAAAUUGACUUUUUUGUCUACAGUACAGCUUAAUAAAGUUAAAGAUCCAAAAAAGGCUCUCUGCCAGCAACGUGUUAUGAGUUUCUUCGGACACAUCAUGGGGUCUGAUGAAUUAGAGAAGCUCAUAAUUUCGGGUCGCAUAGGAGGCAAGCACGCCGUGGGCAGACACCAGCCAUAGUCAGAUCUGAUUAGGGAGCUUUUUAUGAUAAUCUAUACCAUGCGAUCCAUGCCAUCCAUGAUCGAACGCUAUAGAGGAAUGUCACAUGUGGUCGCGAUCCUCAGAAGUAAGGGAACGAUGAAUAAGAUAGACGUUUUUCGAAUCCCGCCAAGGAAAGAUAUUUGUAUGAUAAAUAUAAAUGUCUUUUCCAGGGUUAUGGAUGUCUAUUAAAUAUAUGUAUGUGUAUAAUAAAAAUCUUACAUUUAUUUCCGUUAUCUGGUACCUGUAACACAAGUUUUUUACGAACUUAUCACGGGACCAGUUAACGUGGCGUGAUUGUUAGUAAAUAUUUAUUUAUUUAUUAUUAUUAUUAUUUAUUUUGAGUGAUUGUGCAAACAAGAGAGAACCCUAAGUGCUGCUAUUUUUAGUUCGUUUCUAUAGUGGUAUGAGUUAUAAGUUUUUUUUAAAUAUCAUUAGAUCAAUUUAGGAGUUACCUUUCGAUAUCCAAUCCCAAGCUGCAAAUAUUUUAAGCUUUUAGUUUAACAUUUUUAGAUCUUGUAAAUUACUCAUCGUUCAUAAUAAUUAUUCGUGUAUUAAGAAAUAGAUAAUUCUUGUUAAGGAGUUUUUUUUUUAAAUGUCGUAUGUUGCGUGUGAGAGUCGAUUUCCGCUGGUUCUUGAGGACAUGAUGACGAAAAUAUUAAUUGCAUUAAAUUACUUAUUUAUUCUUAUAAAAUAAAUUACAUUCUAGAUUGCCGGCGACACAAAAUUACGAAAAAUUUGUUUGUGGAAUCGAUUUUUCGAAUGAGUGGAAAUCGAUUUUCGUGGAUUUGUUAUUUUCAUUAUUGUUGAUUUUCAUAUGUUAUUGUAAUAUAUCUUAUAGAUCAUGGCAUUUAAUUUAAGAAAAAAAAAACGUAUGCACUGUUUUAUCCCACACGUAUGUAGACUAAGCUUUAGUUUUUAAUAAUAAUAUAUAAUUUACCAAAAAUGUAUAAUAUAUAUCAUCAUGGAAAUAUCCUACUAUUAAUUAAUACGAUUUGUAUGAAAUAAAUUUAUUACUAUUUA